UUCUCUUUGACAAGCCGCCGCCGCUGCCGCAGAGGACGGGGCUCCGGGUGGGGACUCGCCCCCGGCCCGUGUCCCGGCCCCGCGGAAAGCCCCUGCCGAGGUGUGCCGCCCCCCGCGCUGCCUGGCCUAAUGGCAAAAGAGUAAACCAACAUGGCAGCUAUGGUCCCACCUGUGAAGCUGAAAUGGCUUGAACAUCUAAACAGCUCUUGGAUCACAGAAGACAGUGAAUCUAUUGCAACAAGGGAGGGAGUUUCUAUCUUAUACGCUAAGUUAGUUAGCAAUAAAGAAGUAGUGCCAUUGCCCCAGCAGGUUCUGUGCCUCAAAGGACCUCAGCUUCCGGAUUUUGAGCGGGAAUCUCUAUCUAGCGAUGAACAGGACCACUAUUUGGAUGCUCUUCUUAGCAGCCAGCUGGCACUGGCUAAGAUGGUGUGCUCAGACUCUCCAUUUGCUGGAGCACUUCGAAAACGUCUCCUUGUAUUGCAGCGUGUCUUCUAUGCACUUUCUAAUAAAUACCACGAUAAGGGUAAGGUGAAACAACAGCAGCAUUCACCAGAAAGCAGUUCUGGAUCAACAGAUGUGCAUUCUGUCAGUGAACGUCCUCGGUCGAGUACAGAUGCACUUAUAGAAAUGGGGGUACGGACUGGAUUAAGCUUGUUGUUUGCACUGCUGAGACAAAGCUGGAUGAUGCCGGCAUCGGGACCUGGACUCAGUCUCUGCAAUGAUGUUAUUCAUACUGCAAUAGAAGUUGUGAGCUCUUUACCACCAUUAUCUUUAGCAAAUGAAAGCAAAAUACCACCGAUGGGGUUGGACUGUUUAUCACAAGUAACAACAUUUCUUAAAGGAGUAACAAUUCCAAACUCUGGGGCAGAUACUUUAGGUCGUAGGUUAGCUUCUGAAUUGCUUCUUGGCUUGGCCGCCCAACGAGGUUCCCUGCGAUACCUUCUUGAAUGGAUAGAAAUGGCAUUAAGUGCAUCAGCUGUAGUAAACAGCAUGGAGAAGACCAAGAUGCUGCAAAGCCCAGAAGGGAUGAUCAGCUUUGAUUGCUUUAUGAGUAUAUUGAUGCAGAUGCGACGGUCUUUGGGAUCAUCUGCUGACCGGAGUCAAUGGAGAGAGCCAACGAGAACGUCUGAUGGCUUAUGUUCUCUUUAUGAGGCGGCUCUGUGUUUAUUUGAAGAGGUUUGUCGAAUGGCAUCAGACUACUCAAGAACAUGUGCCAGCCCUGACAGCAUUCAAACGGGUGAUGCUCCCAUUGUUUCUGAGACCUGUGAAGUUUAUGUUUGGGGUAGCAACAGCAGUCAUCAGCUGGUAGAAGGAACUCAAGAGAAAAUACUUCAACCCAAGCUUGCUCCAAGUUUUUCUGAUGCACAGACUAUUGAAGCUGGACAAUAUUGUACUUUUGUAAUUUCUACAGAUGGUUCUGUUAGAGCCUGUGGUAAAGGCAGCUAUGGGAGACUAGGACUGGGUGAUUCCAAUAACCAGUCUACAUUGAAAAAAUUGACUUUUGAGCCUCAUAGAUCUAUUAAAAAAGUGUCAUCCUCAAAAGGAUCUGAUGGGCACACUCUAGCAUUUACAACAGAAGGGGAAGUCUUCAGCUGGGGUGAUGGUGACUAUGGAAAACUGGGUCAUGGAAAUAGUUCAACUCAGAAGUAUCCCAAGCUUAUUCAGGGUCCUCUGCAAGGGAAGGUUGUCGUAUGUGUAUCAGCUGGAUACAGACAUAGUGCUGCUGUUACAGAAGAUGGAGAGCUUUACACAUGGGGAGAAGGAGACUUUGGAAGAUUAGGUCAUGGUGACAGCAACAGCCGCAACAUUCCUACUUUAGUAAAAGAUAUUAGCAAUGUAGGAGAGGUUUCCUGUGGCAGUUCACACACAAUAGCUCUGUCCAAAGAUGGGAGAACAGUGUGGUCAUUUGGAGGAGGAGAUAAUGGCAAACUUGGUCAUGGAGAUACAAACAGAGUAUAUAAACCUAAAGUUAUAGAAGCCUUGCAAGGAAUGUUUAUUCGUAAAGUUUGUGCUGGAAGCCAGUCUUCGCUUGCCUUAACAUCAACAGGACAGGUUUAUGCAUGGGGCUGCGGUGCAUGCCUUGGUUGUGGCUCGUCUGAGGCAACUGCUCUCAGACCAAAGCUUAUCGAAGAGCUGGCUGCUACAAGAAUAGUUGAUAUUUCAAUUGGUGACAGUCACUGUUUGGCACUUUCUCAUGAUAAUGAAGUUUAUGCCUGGGGUAACAAUUCAAUGGGACAGUGUGGUCAAGGAAACUCUACCGGUCCCAUUACUAAACCAAAGAAAGUAAGUGGUUUAGAUGGAGUUGCAAUUCAACAGAUUUCAGCAGGAACCUCCCAUAGCCUCGCCUGGACAGCUCUUCCAAGAGACAGGCAAGUUGUGGCAUGGCACAGACCCUAUUGUGUAGACCUUGAAGAAAGUACCUUUUCGCAUCUUCGUUCUUUUCUUGAGCAUUACUGUGACAAAAUUAACAGUGAAAUCCCCCCUCUUCCUUUUCCUUCAUCAAGGGAACAUCACAGUUUUCUUAAACUGUGCCUGAAGCUGCUUUCUAAUCAUCUUGCACUUGCACUGGCUGGAGGUGUAGCUACUAGCAUUCUUGGUCGGCAAGCUGGUCCACUUCGAAAUUUAUUGUUUAGACUGAUGGACUCUUCUGUCCCUGAUGAAAUUCAAGAAGUCGUAAUUGAAACUCUCUCAGUAGGAGCAACUAUGCUACUUCCUCCAUUGCGAGAAAGAAUGGAAUUGCUACACUCUCUUCUACCCCAGGGUCCUGAUAGAUGGGAAAGCUUAUCAAAAGGACAGAGAAUGCAAUUGGAUAUUAUUUUGACAAGCUUGCAAGAUCACACCCAUGUAGCUUCCCUUCUUGGAUAUAGCUCACCAUCUGAUGCCACAGAAACUUCCUCAUUAUGCAUCAGCUAUGGAAAUCUCUCCGAUCAAACAUACACUGUCCAGAGCAGUCAUCCAGAUACUCAUCUAGCAGAAAUCUUAAUGAAGACUCUUCUAAGGAAUUUGGGGUUUUAUACUGAUCAAGCGUUUGGAGAACUGGAAAAAAACAGUGACAAAUUUUUACUGGGUACAUCAUCAUCAGAAAACAGCCAACCUGCUCAUCUUCAUGAGCUUUUAUGUUCACUGCAGAAACAGUUGCUGGCUUUUUGUCACAUCAACAGUGUGAGUGAGAAUUCCAGCAGUGUGGCACUGCUUCACAAACACCUUCAGCUUUUAUUGCCUCACGCUACAGAUAUCUAUUCCCGUUCUGCAACGCUGCUUAAGGAAAGCUCUUGGAAUGGUAGUGUUGGGGAAAAAUUGAGAGAUGUAAUUUAUGUAUCUGCAGCUGGUAGUAUGUUGUCCCAGAUUGUCAACUCGUUAUUGUUACUGCCAGUGUCAGUAGCUCGGCCUUUGUUGAGUUACCUGCUGGAUCUGUUGCCACCUUUAGAUCGUCUUAAUAGACUCUUACCUGCUGCAGCACUUCUAGAAGAUCAAGAAUUACAGUGGCCACUUCAUGGUGGACCUGAACUAAUAGAUCCCGCUGGAGUGCCCUUACCGCAGCCUGCCCAGUCUUGGGUAUGGCUUGUUGAUCUAGAGAGAACUGUAGCUUUACUUAUUGGGCGGUGUCUUGGUGGCAUGCUUCAAGGACCUCCAGUGUCCCCUGAGGAGCAAGAUACAGCCUACUGGCUGAAAACUCCCCUUCUCAGUGAUGGAGUUGAAAUGGAUAUUCCUCAUUUAGAUAAAUGCAUGAGCUCCUUAUUAGAAGUGGCCUUAUCUGGAAAUGAGGAACAGAAGCCAUUUGAUUAUAAACUGAGACCUGAGAUUACUGUCUAUGUUGAUUUGGCCUUGGGUUGUACAAAAGAGCCAGCAAGGAGCCUGUGGAUCAGUAUGCAAGACUAUGCUGUCAGUAAAGAUUGGGAUACUGCAACUUUAAGUAAUGAAUCACUCCUGGAUACUGUGUCCAGAUUUGUUCUUGCAGCUCUACUGAAACAUACAAGUUUACUUAGUCAAGCCUGUGGGGAGAGCAGUAGGUACCAGCCUGGCAAAGCCUUGGCAGAAGUGUACCGUUGUGUUUAUAAAGUUCGGAGUCGCUUGCUUGCCUGCAAGAACAUGGAACUUAUUCAGACUAGAUCAUCAUCAAGAGACAGAUGGAUGUUAGAUAACCAGGAAUCUGCUGACAUUGAUGCUCAGGAGCAUUCUUUUACUCGUACAAUUGAUGAAGAAGCAGAAAUGGAGGAGCAGGCAGAACGUGACAGAGAAGAAGGACACCCAGAACAGGAAGACGAAGAAGAAGAAAGAGAACAUGAAGUUAUGACAGCUGGUAAAAUAUUUCAAUGUUUCCUAUCAGCCCGUGAAGUAGCUCGCAGUCGGGAUCGAGAUAGGAUGAACGCUGGGACAGGGACUAGACUUGAUGAUCAACCUCCUCAGUCUCAGCAGGAGCGAAGAAUCAGCACUGAUCUGACUGAAGGUCAAGAUGUGUAUACUGCUGCAUGCAACUCUGUGAUCCACAGAUGUGCCUUGUUGAUCCUAGGAGUGAGCCCUGUUAUUGAGGAACUCCAGAAACGAAGGGAGGAUGGACAGUUACAGCAGCCUCCCUCUACGGCUCCUGAGAGUAUUGGACUCAUGACGAGGAGUGAAAGUCUUACUGCAGAGAGUCGCUCAAUCCAUGCAAACUCAAACUAUAGACUGAUUAAGUCAAGAAGUGAAUCUGAUUUAUCUCAGCCAGAAUCAGAUGAAGAAGGUUAUUCACUGAGUGGAAGACGAAAUGUUGAUUUGGAUUUGGCGUCAUCACACAGAAAGAGGGUGUAUUUACUCCUUUUUGGCCAGUUGAGCCCCAGAAAAAAGAAGAGCUUCAAGCAAGUACCUGAUGGAGCGAUACACAGUCAAGUGGAACCUUUAAGUGACUCAUGGGCUCGACUAAAACACAGCAGAGAUUGGUUGUACACUUCCUCCUACUCAUUUGUUGAGUCCGAUUUUGAUCUCUCAAGAUCUCUUGGAGUUCAUACUCUGAUUGAAAAUGUUGUCAGCUUUGUAAGUGGAGAUGUGGGAAACUCUCCAGGAUUUAAGGAACCAGAGGAAAGUAUGUCCACCAGUCCGCAGGCAUCAAUAAUUGCAAUGGAGCAGCAGCAACUGAGGGCUGAGCUUCGUCUAGAAGCGCUUCAUCAGAUCUUAGUGCUUCUAUCAGGGAUGGAGGAAAAAGGGAGUGUGCCAUUAAUGGGAAGUCAUCAAGGGCCAGGAUUUCAGUCGUCUUCAUUGCUUACUUCUGUUAGACUACAGUUUCUUGCUGGUUGCUUCGGUUUGGGUACUGUAGGACAUGCAGGUGCCAAAGGAGAGAGUGUAAGACUGCAUCACUACCAGGAUGGUAUCAGAGCAGCUAAGAGAAGUAUUCAGAUUGAAAUCCAGGUGGCUGUGCACAAAAUUUACCAGCAAUUGUCUGCUACACUAGAAAGAGCACUGCAAGCUAAUAAGCAUCACAUAGAAGCACAACAGCGUCUUCUGCUGGUAACAGUCUUUGCUCUGAGUGUACACUAUCAGCCUGUUGAUGUCUCCUUGGCUAUUUCCACUGGUUUGCUAAAUGUGCUAUCACAGUUGUGUGGCACAGACACCAUGCUAGGACAACCACUCCAGUUGCUGCCCAAAACUGGUAUUUCUCAACUCAGUACAGCCUUGAAAGUAGCCAGUACAAGACUACUUCAGAUCCUUGCAAUCACCACAGGAACUUACGCUGACAAACUGAGCCCAAAGGUGGUCCAGUCUUUGCUGGAUUUAUUAUGCAGUCAGCUGAAGAACUUGCUAUCGCAAGCUGGUGUGAUGCUUAUGGCUUCCUUUGGAGAAGGGGAAGGUGAGGAACAUGAAGUAGAAUCAAGAAAGACAGAUUCAAAUGGGGAGAAUGAAAAGAGAGACUUCAGAGCUGCCCUCCGAAAGCAACAUGCAGCUGAAUUGCACUUGGGAGACUUUCUUGUUUUCCUACGUCGGGUUGUGUCUUCAAAAGCAAUUCAGUCAAAAAUGGCAUCUCCAAAGUGGACAGAAGUACUUCUUAAUAUUGCUUCUCAGAAGUGUUGCUCAGGAGUUCCCUUGGUUGGCAAUUUGAGGACUAGACUUCUUGCACUUCAUGUACUAGAAGCUGUAUUACCUGCUUGUGAAUCUGGCGUUGAAGAUGAUCAAAUGGCUCAGGUUGUUGAACGAUUAUUCUUGCUUCUGUCUGACUGCAUGUGGGAGACUCCAAUGGCUCAGGCUAAACAUGCAAUUCAAAUAAAGGAGAAAGAACAAGAAAUGAAACUACAGAAGCAAGGAGAGUCUGAAGAUGAAGAUGAGAAUCUUCCCAUCCAGGAAGUGUCCUUUGACCCUGAGAAAGCUCAAUGCUGCAUAGUGGAGAAUGGGCAGAUUCUGACUCACGGAAGUGGAGGUAAAGGAUAUGGAUUAGCAUCCACUGGAGUCACUUCUGGGUGUUACCAGUGGAAGUUCUACAUUGUGAAAGAGAAUCGAGGCAAUGAAGGCACAUGUGUAGGAGUUUCUCGCUGGCCAGUACAUGAUUUUAACCAUCGCACUACCUCAGAUAUGUGGCUAUACAGAGCCUAUAGUGGUAACCUUUAUCACAAUGGAGAACAGACUUUGACUCUGUCCAGCUUUACACAAGGGGAUUUCAUCACAUGUGUACUAGAUAUGGAAGCAAGAACUAUUUCGUUUGGUAAAAAUGGAGAGGAGCCAAAACUAGCUUUUGAAGAUGUAGAUGCAGCUGAGUUAUACCCUUGUGUUAUGUUCUAUAGCAGUAAUCCAGGAGAAAAGGUGAAAAUAUGUGAUAUGCAGAUGCGUGGUACACCGAGAGAUUUGCUACCUGGUGACCCCAUCUGUAGUCCUGUUGCUGCAGUGCUGGCAGAAGCCACUAUCCAACUCAUUCGUAUCCUUCAUCGCACAGACCGUUGGACACACUGCAUCAAUAAAAAAAUGAUGGAAAGACUGAAUAAAAUCAAAACAUGUCUUAAAGAAGCAGGUCAAAAACUGAAGAAAAGUCGCUCGAUUCAAAGUCGAGAAGAGAAUGAGGUGAGAGAGGAGAAAGAAAAUAAAGAGGAGGAGAAAAGCAAGCAUAGUAGGCAUGGUCUAGCUGACCUUUCAGAACUUCAGCUGAAGAUGCUGUGUGUGGAAGUGUGGCCUGUUCUAGCAGUAAUUGGCGGAGUUGAUGCUGGUCUUAGAGUUGGAGGUCGAUGUGUACACAAGCAAACGGGACGUCAUGCUACUUUACUUGGAGUAGUGAAGGAAGGCAGUACAUCUGCCAAGGUCCAAUGGGAUGAAGCAGAGAUUACAAUCAGCUUCCCAACUUUUUGGUCGCCUAGUGAUACUCCCCUGUAUAAUCUGGAGCCCUGUGAACCACUGCCUUUUGAUGUUGCAAGAUUUCGUGGGCUGACAGCUGCUGUAUUGCUGGACCUUACCUAUCUGACUGGUAUUCACGAGGAUGUGGGAAAACAAAGCACUAAGAGACACGAGAAAAAACACAGACAUGAAUCCGAAGACAAAGGGGAAGUGGACCAGAAAACAGAGGGGGAUGGUGGAUCAGAUACACGAUUAGCACAAAGUGCUGAUGAUAACAAAGGACAUAGUACUACAAGCUCGAAGUCAGAAAAUGAAAUUGCUUCCUUUUCUCUAGAGCCAUCAACACUAGGUAUGGAAUCCCAGCACCAACCUGCUGAAGGAAGAAAAAAGAAUCAUGAGCAUACUCCAAGAAAUCAUGAUAUAGUACAGUCAGAAAUCAGAGCAGUACAGCUAUCCUACCUUUAUCUUGGUGCUAUGAAGUCACUUAGUGUUCUUCUUAGUUGUAGUAAAUAUGCCGAACUACUACUAAUUCCAAAAGUCCUGGCAGAAAAUGGUCACAACUCUGAUUGUGCUAGUUCUCCAGUUGUUCAUGAAGAUGUUGAAAUGCGUGCUGCCCUGCAGUUCCUGAUGCGACACAUGGUGAAACGGGCAGUCAUGCGCUCACCGAUUAAAAGGGCUCUAGGACUGGCAGAUUUGGAACGAGCGCAAGCCAUGAUCUACAAAUUAGUGGUUCAUGGGCUGCUGGAGGAUCAGUUUGGUGGCAGACUUAAGCAAGAAGUAGAUCAGCAAGUAGAAGAAGGUGAUCAGUCUCAGCAAGCCCAAACACCAGUUACAACCAGCCCUUCUGCUUCUAGCACAACAUCUUUCAUGAGCAGCUCUCUGGAGGAUACCACCACUGCUACUACUCCAGUAACUGAUACUGAAACUGUUCCAGCUUCAGAGUCACCUGGUGUUAUGCCUCUUAGUCUUCUUAGGCAGAUGUUCUCUAGCUAUCCUACUACAACUGUACUUCCAGCACGACGUGCUCAGACUCCUCCAAUAUCUUCUUUACCAACAUCUCCUUCAGAUGAAGUUGGAAGGAGGCAAAGUUUGACUUCUCCUGAUUCCCAGUCUGCAAGGCCUGCAAACCGUACAGCUUUGUCUGAUCCAAGCAGCCGACUUUCAACAUCCCCUCCUCCUCCUGCCAUUGCUGUUCCAUUGUUAGAGAUGGGGUUCUCGCUCAGGCAGAUUGCAAAAGCCAUGGAAGCCACAGGUGCCAGAGGAGAAGCAGAUGCACAGAAUAUCACAGUGCUGGCCAUGUGGAUGAUAGAGCAUCCUGGAAAUGAAGAUGAUGAAGAGCCCCAGUCAGAAGUGACUGUAGAUUCACGACAUGGAACAAUAGUCUCUGGAAGCGGUGGAAAAUCUGGUGAUCAUUGUUAUUUGCAGUCACCAGGUGAUAUCCCAUCUGCUGAUGCCACUGAAAUGGAGGAAGGCUUUAGUGAAAGCCCUGAUAAUAUGGAUCAUGCUGAUAAUGCAGCUUCUGCAAGUGGACCUCCUUCUAGAAGUCGCUCAGCUGUAACAAGAAGACACAAAUUAGAUUUAGCUGCCCGAACAUUGCUAGCACGUGCUGCGGGAUUAUACCGCUCUGUACAGGCCCACGGGAAUCAGAAUCGAAGAGGAGCAAUAUGUUUGCAGCCAGAUCCUGGGGCUCUUUAUGACUUCAACUUGGAUGAGGAGUUGGAAAUUGACCUUGAUGAUGAAGCAAUGGAAGCUAUGUUUGGUCAAGACCUGGCUAGCGAUAAUGAUAUUCUGGGAAUGUGGAUCCCAGAGGUAUUGGAUUGGCCUACCUGGCAUGUUUGUGAAUCUGAAGACAGAGAAGAAGUAGUCGUUUGCGAACUGUGUGAAUCGAGUGUUGUCAGCUUCAAUCAACAUAUGAAAAGAAACCAUCCAGGCUGCGGUCGCAGUGCAAAUCGUCAGGGCUACCGUAGCAAUGGUUCUUAUGUAGAUGGAUGGUUUGGUGGUGAAUGUGGAAGCGGAAAUCCCUACUAUUUAUUGUGUGGCAUCUGCAGAGAGAAGUACUUAGCCCUGAAGAGUAAAUCUAAAACAUCAGCUUCAGAAAGGUACAAAGGCCAGGCUCCCGAUUUAAUAGGUAAACAAGACAGUGUCUAUGAAGAUUUUGUAACCAAGUUCAAUUGUAUUUCUCCAAUUGUAGAAGACUGGGAUAUGUUAGAUGUAGAUGAAGAUGAAAAGCUGACAGGAGAAGAGGAGUUUGAAUUACUGGCUGGACCUCUUGGGUUAAAUGAUCGACGUAUUGUACCUGAACCUGUACAGUUCCCUGACAGUGACCCUCUGGGUGCGUCAGUUGCAAUGGUGACAGCCACCAACAGUAUGGAAGAAACAUUGAUGCAAAUAGGCUGUCACGGCUCUAUAGAAAAAAGUUCUUCUGGCAGGAUAACCUUAGGAGAACAGGCAGCUGCCCUAGUAAAUCCACAUGACCGUGUUAUGGCCCUAAGAAGAGUGACAGCUGCUGCACAAGUCCUCCUUGCAAGAACUAUGGUUAUGAGAGCGCUUUCACUUUUGUCUGUCAGUGGUUCCAGUUGUAGUCUGGCAGCUGGUCUUGAAUCCUUGGGAUUAACAGAUAUCAGAACUUUGGUUCGUUUAAUGUGCCUCGCUGCAGCAGGGAGAGCAGGACUCUCAACAAGUCCAUCCACUGUGUCAAGUUCAACAGAGCGAUCUAGAGGAAUACACAGCAAAACAAGCAAGCCUAUAUCUUGUCUUGCCUACCUGAGUACAGCAGUAGGCUGUUUGGCAUCAAACACUCCUAGUGCUGCUAAACUGCUGGUUCAGUUAUGUACGCAGAAUUUGAUUUCUGCAGCAACUGGUGUAAACUUAACAACAGUUGAUGAUCCAAUUCAACGAAAAUUUUUGCCAAGCUUUUUAAGAGGAAUUGCUGAAGAAAACAAACUUGUAACAUCUCCGAAUUUUGUGGUUACUCAGGCACUUGUAGCAUUGUUGGCAGACAAAGGGGCCAAACUGAGGCCAAACUAUGAUAAAGCAGAAAUCGAAAAGAAAGCAGGUUUAAUUGCCCAUUUGUAUGCCCAUCCUUCCUAUGAUCCUUCUGCUGUAGGCCCUCUGGAGCUGGCUAAUGCACUAGCAGCUUGCUGCCUUUCUUCAAGGUUAUCUUCGCAACAUAGGCAGUGGGCUGCUCAGCAGCUGGUGCGAACUCUUGCAGCUCAUGAUCGAGAUAAUCAAACUAUCCCUCAGACCCUCGCUGAUAUGGGGGGAGACUUACGAAAAUGUUCCUUCAUAAAAUUAGAGGCUCAUCAGAACAGGGUCAUGACAUGUGUUUGGUGCAAUAAAAAGGGACUUCUGGCAACUAGUGGAAAUGAUGGUACCAUAAGAGUGUGGAAUGUUACCAAGAAGCAGUAUUCAUUGCAACAAACGUGUGUGCUCAACAAAUUAGAAGGCGAUUCUGAAGAAAGUCUGGGGUCACCCAGUGACCUUAGUUUGUCUCUUGUCUGUUGGAGCAUCAGUGGCAAGUAUCUGGCUGGAGCUACGGAAAAGAUGGUGAACAUAUGGCAAGUCAAUGGAGGAAAAGGAUUAUUAGAUCUUCAACCUCACUGGGUAUCUGCAUUAGCUUGGCCGGAAGAAGGGCCAGCUGCAGCAUGGAAAGGAGAAUUGCUAUUAAUUGGUCGUAUGGAUGGAUCUCUUGGACUUAUUGAAGUUGUGGAUAUUUCAACCAUGCACCGGAUAGAAUUGGAACACUGCUACAGAAAGGAUGUUUCUGUCACAUGCCUUGCCUGGUUCAGUGAAGACAGACCAUUUGCAGUUGGCUAUUCAGAUGGAAAGUUGCUAAUAGGAACAAAGGAACCACUUGAAAAAGGAGAAAUUGUUCUAGUUGAUGCACACAAGGAUAUGAUUGUUAGUAUGAAGUGGGAUCCAACUGGUAAGAUUCUCCUGACAUGUGCCAAAGAAGAAACCGUGAAACUCUGGGGAUAUAUGGGAGGAUCUUGGAGACGUCUGCAUUCACUGCCCCAUCCAGCUCUUGUGAAUGGCAUUGCCUGGUGUGCUCUUCCAGGGAAAGGACCCAAGUUACAGCUUUUACUAGCUACAGGAUGCCACAAUGGUUUGGUGUGUGUCUGGACUGUUCCCCAGGACAUAGUAACUACAUUGCAGUCCAGCUCAUACUCAGAAGGAUGGUGGGACCAAGAAACAAGUGCCAAGGAUGGAUACAGAAAACCAGUAGAAGUCAAGUGUGUAUUUCAGCUGAGAGGCCAUAUUACUCCUGUUCGGACUGUUGCAUUCAGUCCUGAUGGACUGGCAUUAGUAUCUGGUGGACUUGGAGGUCUCAUGAAUAUUUGGUCUUUACGGGAUGGUUCAGUAUUACAGAGUGUUGUAAUAGGUUCUGGAGCUAUUCAGACUGCGGUAUGGAUACCUGAAGUUGGAGUAGCUGCGUGUUCUAACAGAUCAAAGGAUGUGUUGGUAGUGAACUGUACAUCAGAGUGGAUAUCUUCCAAUCACAUCCUCGCAACGUGUAGGACUGCACUGAAACAGCAAGGAGUUCUAGGAUUAAAUAUGGCUCCUUGCAUGCGAGCUUUCUUGGAACGUUUGCCAAUAAUGCUUCAGGAACAGUAUGCUUAUGAAAAGCCCCAUGUUGUUUGUGGAGACCAGCUUGUUCAUAGUCCUUAUAUGCAAUGCUUGGCAUCGCUCGCUGUGGGCCUUCACCUAGAUCAGCUGUUGUGCAAUCCUCCAGUACCACCUCAUCACCAGAACUGCCUCCCUGAUCCUUCAGCCUGGAGUCCCACAGAAUGGGCCUGGCUAGAGUGUUUCUCAACUACCAUAAAAGCUGCUGAAGCCCUGGCCAAGGGAGCACAGUUCCCAGAAUCUUUUACUGUUCCAGACCUUGAGCCUGUUCCAGAGGAUGAACUUACUCUCCUAAUGGAUAACAGUAAAUGGAUCAAUGGUAUGGAUGAACAGAUAAUGUCUUGGGCAACAUCACGGCCGGAGGAUUGGCACUUGGGAGGCAAAUGUGAUGUGUAUCUGUGGGGAGCAGGAAGACAUGGACAGUUAGCAGAAGCUGGUAGAAAUGUCAUGAUACCAGUAGCAGCACCUUCAUUCUCUCAGGCUCAGCAGGUUGUUUGUGGUCAGAAUUGUACUUUUGUCAUUCAAGCUAAUGGCACAGUUUUGGCUUGUGGAGAAGGGAGCUAUGGGCGACUGGGACAAGGAAAUUCAGAUGAUCUUCAUGUGUUAACAGUCAUUUCAGCACUGCAGGGCUUUGUUGUAACACAGCUGGUGACCUCUUGUGGAUCUGAUGGACAUUCCAUGGCUUUAACAGAAAGUGGAGAAGUCUUUAGCUGGGGUGAUGGAGAUUAUGGCAAACUGGGACAUGGGAACAGCGACAGACAGCGCAGGCCUAGACAAAUAGAGGCUCUGCAAGGAGAAGAAGUGGUGCAGAUGUCAUGUGGCUUCAAACACUCAGCUGUAGUGACAGCAGAUGGCAAACUCUUUACAUUUGGAAAUGGUGAUUAUGGUCGAUUAGGACUUGGAAAUACUUCCAAUAAGAAACUUCCAGAAAGAGUGACAGCGCUGGAGGGUUACCAGAUUGGGCAGGUGGCUUGUGGACUCAAUCAUACUGUAGCUGUGUCAACUGAUGGCUCAAUGGUUUGGGCUUUUGGAGAUGGAGAUUAUGGUAAACUUGGUUUGGGAAAUUCCACUGCAAAAUCCUCACCACAGAAAGUGGAUAUUCUUUGUGGAAUUGGAAUAAAAAAAGUUGCCUGUGGAACCCAGUUUUCUGUUGCAUUGACAAAAGAUGGUCAUGUAUAUACUUUUGGACAAGAUCGCCUUAUAGGUUUGCCAGAAGGCCGAGCUCGAAAUCACAACAGACCCCAGCAAGUUCCAGUACUGUCAGGAGUCUUUAUUGAAGACAUAGCUGUAGGAGCAGAGCAUACACUUGCUUUAUCAUCUACAGGGGAUGUAUAUGCAUGGGGUAGCAACUCUGAAGGACAGCUUGGACUCGGUCAUACCAACCAUGUCAGAGAACCAACCCUAAUAACAGUCCUGCAAGGAAAAAAUAUUCGACAGAUUUCAGCAGGACGUUGCCACAGUGCUGCCUGGACAGCACCGCCUGUUCCACCAAGAGCUCCAGGUGUUUCAGUGCCUUUACAGCUUGGUUUACCUGAUGCCAUUCCACCGCAGUAUGGGGCACUGAAAGAAGUGAGCAUUCAUACAGUAAGAGCAAGGCUCAGACUGCUGUACCAUUUUUCUGACCUCAUGUACUCUUCAUGGAGAUUACUUAACCUCAGUCCCAAUAACCAGAACAGUACAUCUCAUUACAAUGCUGGAACAUGGGGAAUAGUUCAAGGACAGCUAAGACCCUUGCUAGCACCACGAGUGUACACACUCCCCAUGGUACGCUCUAUAGGAAAAACUAUGGUUCAGGGAAAAAACUACGGGCCUCUGAUUACUGUAAAAAGAAUAUCAACCAGAGGUCGGAAAUGCAAGCCCAUUUUUGUACAGAUAGCAAGACAAGUGGUAAAGCUGAAUGCAUCAGACCUUCGCCUACCUUCCCGUGCCUGGAAAGUGAAACUGGUUGGAGAAGGAGCCGAUGAUGCAGGGGGAGUGUUUGAUGACACUAUUACAGAAAUGUGUCAGGAACUAGAAACUGGAGUAGUAGACCUGCUUAUUCCUUCUCCAAAUGCUACUGCUGAAGUAGGCUACAAUAGGGAUAGGUUUCUCUUUAACCCUUCGGCAUGUUUAGAUGAACAUCUGAUGCAGUUUAAGUUCUUGGGUAUUCUCAUGGGUGUAGCAAUUCGUACAAAAAAGCCAUUAGAUCUUCAUUUGGCUCCAAUGGUCUGGAAGCAACUUUGUUGUAUCCCACUCAUCUUGGAGGAUUUGGAGGAGGUAGAUCUGCUCUAUGUGCAGACCCUCAACAGCAUUCUUCACAUUGAAGACAGUGGGAUUACUGAAGAAAAUUUCCAUGAGAUGAUUCCUUUAGAUUCUUUUGUUGGUCAAAGUGCUGAUGGUAAAAUGGUUCCCAUAAUCCCUGGAGGGAACAGUAUCCCACUUACCUUUUCAAACAGGAAAGAAUAUGUGGAGAGGGCAAUUGAGUACAGACUUCAUGAAAUGGACCGUCAGGUGGCUGCUGUAAGAGAAGGAAUGUCUUGGAUUGUUCCAGUUCCCUUGUUGUCUCUUCUGACUGCUAAGCAGUUGGAACAAAUGGUCUGUGGAAUGCCAGAAAUAUCAGUUGAAGUUCUGAAGAAAGUUGUGCGUUACAGAGAAGUUGAUGAACAGCAUCAGCUAGUACAGUGGUUCUGGCAUACCCUCGAAGAAUUUUCAAAUGAGGAGAGAGUGCUUUUCAUGAGGUUUGUGUCAGGAAGAUCUCGAUUGCCAGCCAACACAGCUGAUAUCUCUCAGCGUUUCCAAAUAAUGAAGGUUGAUAGGCCUUACGACAGCUUGCCUACCUCACAGACUUGUUUCUUUCAACUGAGGCUCCCACCUUACUCCAGUCAACUAAUCAUGGCAGAGCGUUUGCGCUAUGCAAUCAAUAAUUGCAGGUCUAUAGAUAUGGACAAUUAUAUGCUCUCAAGGAAUGUGGACAAUGCAGAGGGCUCAGACACAGAUUAUUAACAUUCUGUGAACAAAAUCAUCUUCCUUUUACUACGAAUAGUGCCCUAAGUCCAAUUUGUUGUUGACAUAAUUUUAUGGUAACCAUAGAUGUUUUAGGAGCAUAAAAACAGAUGUUAAUAAACAGUGGCCACAUUUUAGUUACUCUAAAUGUAACAAAAAAUUAGAUGUUUUUAUUUUUUGUGAUUGUAAAAAAAAAAAAAAAGAAAAAAGAAAAAGAAAACAAAAGUAUGAUCAGUAAUUUUUUUCUCCUUUUUUUGGUCACUUUUGAUAAGUUUGCAUGGAGACAUUUUGGUGCAUUUUUGUUGGGAAUAGUACAUUUGUAAGCCCUCCCAGUGAACAUGAAGAGUUGUACAUUGUGUAUAAUUGUUCAUUAGCAAGGACAGUUUUACAUGAAUAUUCACAUAUUUAUUUUGUUUUAAUUUGAAUUGCCUGUGCAGGGUUCCUUAUGCAGAGAAAAAUAAAGCAAAUUCAAGAAUUGUUUGCUUGUA